AUGUCCAUCAUAUCAAUCAAUGGAAACCAUUUGGAUCCCGAAGCAGAACUCCCAGUCCUUCGGGCUUUGCACCUCGAGUCCGAGGAUGCCACAAACUCAGACUAUAUCCUGGUGCAGUCAGUUGAGCCACUGUCAACUGAGCAGGAAGACGAAAUCGAAUGGCUAGGCGUUGAUAUCCAACAAUAUGUGUCCAAGAAUACCUACCUGUGCGGUUUCAAGGGCACCGACCUCGAAUCCAUCCGCCGCCUCCCAUAUAUAUCCUGGGUCAACGUCUAUCUAGACAUGUUUGUUAUUCAGUCUAGCUUGAAAGCACCCGCUGAAACUACAACGCUGUCGUCAUUCCCUGCCGUCCCAAAAGACCGUACCUCUCACACAGUUGACCUCAUUCUUCAUAAAGAUGUCGAUCUUAGUGCUGCACAUGUUGCCUCGGAAAUUGCUGCAGCUGCGCAUGCCGACCCUGACACAUUGCAUACUGGGUCUUCAAAGAUUCGAAUCAAUGUUCAAAAUCAAUACUUAGAAGGACUGGCUACCCUUGACUGUGUCAAGAGCAUCCAGCCAGUUUAUCCGGCGCGACUGUUCAACAAUCGGGCGAUAGAGAUUUUGGGGUCCCCUUUGCAGAUCAAUGGUACUCAGUACGAAGGCGAAGGACAGGUGGUAGCUGUUGCAGACACAGGGUUCGAUAAAGGCUCUACUGUUGAUACCCAUCCUGCCUUUCGGAACCGAGUUAAGCAACUUUAUGCCUUAGGGCGCCCUGGAAGGUCAGAUGAUCCAGAUGGCCAUGGAACACAUGUUUGUGGAUCUGUUCUUGGAGAUGGGUUUUCCUCAACGAUGGGAGGAAGGAUCAGUGGCGCAGCACCAAAGGCUAGCCUGGUGGUGCAAUCUCUUCUUGACCGAAAUAACAAUCUGGGUGGAAUCCCAACCGACUUUACCGAGAUUUUUUCUCCUCCAUAUGAGAAAGAUGGCGCUCGAAUCCAUACCAACUCAUGGGGGUCUUCUGCCUAUAGACAGGUGCCGUAUAAUCCCGCAAGCGAAGAAAUUGACCAAUUUGUCUGGGACCAUCAGGACAUGGUGAUACUAUUCGCUGCUGGAAACGAUGGAAUCGACGCGGAUAAGAAUGGUAUCAUUGACCCAAGGCAGAUCGGUGCUGAGGCGGCUGCGAAAAACUGCAUUACCGUUGGAGCAAGCGAGAAUAAUCGUCCGGAUAUUCCCAUCACUUAUGGUAACCGAUGGCCAAGCGGUCCGAUUAGCAAAGAUCUGAUGGCAGACAAUCCCGGAGGCCUGGCAGCCUUCAGCAGCCGUGGACCUACUAUGGAAUCUCGCAUUAAACCUGAUGUUGUUGCACCUGGAACAGCGAUCCUAUCAGCCAGGUCUAGAAAGUUGGUUAACGCUGAGGCCAGUUUUGGUACAAGUCGGGAUCCCGAGUGGUGGUUCCUAGCCGGCACUAGUAUGGCGACUCCUCUAGUUGCGGGAUGCAUUGCUGUCCUGAGAGAAACUCUCAUCAAGAGUGGAGCACGGAAGCCAAGUGCAGCUCUUCUCAAAGCAUUGCUAAUCAACGGAGCAGUUGAAUUACCUGGACAGUAUAUUCCAAGCGAAUCUGGUCCAUCUCCGAACAGUAACAGCGGCUUUGGUCGAGUGGAUUUGUCCAAAUCAGUGAUCUUGCCAAGUCAAGCCGAUGGUGGAUACCGCGAGGGAGGACCACUAGCGCAAAGUUCGAGCGAGGAGACCGUGAUAGACAUCCCAAACAAUGGAGAUCUUUUGAGGGUCCAGGAAAGAUCAGCUAGCACCACUACGAUCAACGGCCCAGUACUGAAAGUGUCUUUGGUCUGGACAGAUCCACCAGGGCGAACCCUUCAAAAUGAUCUGGACCUUCUUGUGGUCAGUUCGGAUGGUACUGAAAAACACGGUAACAUGGGCGACAAGCCUGGAUUUGAUCGGACGAACAAUGUGGAACAAGUCGAGUGGACGAAUAUUCCUUCUGGGAAAGUCAAAAUCAUCGUGCGUGCGUAUCAUAUCUUCAAUCGAGCGUAUCCCCAGCCCUACGCACUAGUAUGGAGCAUCAACCGCCCAUCGAAGUAG